AUGAAAUUUGAUGGUGGAUUUUAUAAUCCACAUCUAUGGGCAGAAUAUGAAGCACUGGAAGUUACUUCACAGAUUGAAAUUGCCCAAGAAACAAGAUUUGCUGAUGAAUGGGAAAAACAUCAACCCAGACUAAGAAAAAAAUUGAAUUAA